CCGGGGGUCCUUCCUCUAUCGCUCAGACUCCGACCUUUCACCCAAAACACCGUCUCGGAACGCCUCUGCCGCCAGUGAAUUCUCCUGGUCGGUUGCAGGUCACCAUCUGUUCCUCUGGAAGAGAGCCUGAAGCACUGGGAGGUCAGCUGGUUGUCUCGACAUGGGGAAGAGAUGAUUGUAACACCGUUUGCUCAGGUCCUGUCCAGCCUGAGGACGGUGAGGAGCAACUUUGCAGUGAUAACCGACCAGCAGGACCGGUCUGCAAGCAAGAGGCCACCAGGCAGCAACCCUCCCUCCAUGUUCAAGACCAGCCUGGCAGCAGAAGAGCCCCAUCAGCAGCUGGCUGUAGAGACCCUGGAUGAGCUGGACUGGUGUCUGGACCAGCUGGAGACUCUGAAGACCAGACACUCAGUCAGUGAGAUGGCUUCCAACAAGUUCAAGAGGAUGCUGAACAGAGAGCUAACUCAGCUGUCAGAGACCAGUCGCUCAGGAAACCAGGUGUCAGAGUUCAUCUCCAGCACCUUCCUGGAGAAGCAGCAUGAUAUGGACGUCCCAAUCCAGGGGGAGAAGCAGCCCAUGUCCCAGAUCAGCGUGGUGAACGGCCUCACCCCCAGCCUCGUCCCCGGCCUUGUCUUCCCUCGCUUCGGGGUGUGCUCCGGCCAGGAGGACCUGCUCGCCAAGGAGUUGGAGGGGAUUGGUCGCUGGGGCGUGGACAUCUUCAAGAUCUCAAAGUACUCCGGCUGUCGCCCCCUCACCGUCACCAUGUACACCAUCUUCCAGGAGAGGAGCCUGCUGAAGUCGUUCCAGAUCCCACUCUCCAGCCUGCUGAGCUUCCUGCUGAUGCUGGAGCAGCAGUACUCCUCCACCUCCUACCACAACAACAUCCACGCUGCGGACGUGGUCCAGUCCACACACGUGCUGCUCUCCAGCCCUGCGCUGGAGGGUGUGUUUACUGAUCUAGAGAUCCUGGCUGCUCUGUUUGCUGCUGCCAUCCAUGAUGUUGACCACCCUGGAGUCUCCAACCAGUUCCUCAUCAACACCAACUCGGAGCUGGCCCUCAUGUAUAACGACUCGUCGGUCCUGGAGAACCACCACCUGGCCGUGGGCUUCAAGCUGCUGCAGGAGCCCAGCUGUGACAUCUUCCAGAACCUUCCCAAGAAGCAGAGACAGUCUCUCCGCAAGCUGGUCAUUGACAUGGUCUUAGCUACAGACAUGUCUAAGCACAUGACCCUGCUGGCUGAUCUGAAGACCAUGGUGGAGACCAAGAAGGUGACCAGCUCAGGAGAGCUCCUAUUGGACAACUACUCAGACCGCAUCCAGGUCCUCCAGAACAUGGUGCACUGUGCAGACCUCAGUAACCCCACCAAGCCCCUGCAGCUGUACCGCCGCUGGACAGAGUGCAUCAUGCAGGAGUUCUUCCUGCAGGGGGACCGAGAGAGGGAGAGGGGCAUGGACAUCAGCCCCAUGUGUGACAAACACAAUGCCUCCGUCGAGAAGAACCAGGUGGGAUUUAUAGACUACAUCGCCCACCCCCUGUGGGAGACGUGGGCAGACCUGGUGCACCCUGAUGCCCAGGAGCUCCUGGACACCCUGGAGGACAACAGGGAGUGGUACCUGAGCAUGGUGCCCCAUAGCCCCACGCUGGAAGAGGAGGGGGAGGAGUCAGAGCAAGAGACCCCGCCCCUUGAGGGGGAGGAGCCUGGUGUGGCGGACGGCAGAUGCCAUCUUGGCGGCACUCACCGCCUGCCCCCUACAACAUCCGUGUUGCUAGGGGCUGUGAGGACCUUGUCAACAGACUGGGAGGAGGGGGAAGGUAGUGGGGGUGUGACCUGCACAAGAACUGGAACAUAACCCCAGAACCCUGUCCCUGUUUGGACAUUCCGGAGGGAGGAAGGACAGGAGGAUGGGAGGAUUGAUGGAAAUGUGAGGAAAUGUAUUUUCGUACUGCCACCCACUUUCUGGAGGAAGUGAUGUUCCACUAGCUCCACAGUGCCCUUAGUGGUUCUGAGCCAAAGUGCAAUACCCAGAAUCCCCCAGUCCUGCUCCACUUCCUCUUCCUGUGCUGGGGACAGGUGUGCUCAGUCUUCCCCCUAGUGGAUGCUGGGGGAGAUGCAGCCACCAUGACAGACUAAAGAUUUACAAAGGAACGAUUAGGAGAGUGAAAUCUGAUGUUCACCCUAACCCCAUAAUGAACACUUCAGCUUAGAAUCACCUAUUUGUGUCCAAGUUUAUUUAAUCUAAUCUUACAUCCGUUUUUUUACUGUAAACCUGCUUUUUCUUCACCUGUCUAAUUUCCACCCUCAACUUCAGGAUUUUUCAUUGUAGCCCACAGCCAAUCACCACCCUGCUACUAAUGGCUUGAGCCAAUCACCACCCUGCUAUUAAGGGCUAGAGCCAAUCACCACCCUGCUAGGAGGUGACCAGUAGGAAGCGCUGCAGAACAACCAUCCUGCUUCCAUCGACCUUCAGGUUGAUGAAAAAUAACAAUAUUCAAUUAACAGACACUUUAAUAAUAGUAAAGAUGUUAGUUUAGCAGAUGCUUUACACAGGGUACACAGAGUACACAGGGAAUUUGAACCUGCAACCUCUUGAUCUGUAGUUAAACUCUUUACGACUGAGCUGGUGACAUGGACAACCAUCACAAACAUUACAUUUAUAAAGCAACAGCCUGAAAAACAAGAAGCACUGUCCAUUAUGAAAGUUUAAUAUUGUUAUUGUUGGUGUUGUGUGCCUGUCCCAUGAUGCCGAGAGGCGGUGUGUGUGCUAGAUGGAGGGGUCGAUGCAGGGCAGCGUUGCCAUGGCAGCAGAAUGCUAGGCUACUGUACUUUCCACUCUGCCCCAGGACAGUUUCCAUCAGCCUGACAGCAUGUCAGGUGACCCUGGACCACCCCCCCUUCUCCCAGGACAGUUUCCAUCAGCCUGACAGCAUGUCAGGUGACCCUGGACCACCCCCCCUUCUCCCAGGACAGUUUCCAUCAGCCUGACAGCAUGUCAGGUGACCCUGGACCACCCCCCCUUCUCCCAGGACAGUUUCCAUCAGCCUGACAGCAUGUCAGGUGACCCUGGACCACCCCCCCUUCUCCCAGGACAGUUUCCAUCAGCCUGACAGCAUGUCAGGUGACCCUGGACCACCCCCCCUUCUCCCAGGACAGUUUCCAUCAGCCUGACAGCAUGUCAGGUGACCCUGGACCACCCGCCCUUCUCCCAGGACAGUUUCCAUCAGCCUGACAGCAUGUCAGGUGACCCUGGACCACCCCCCCUUCUCCCAGGACAGUUUCCAUCAGCCUGACAGCAUGUCAGGUGACCCUGGACCACCCCCCCUUCUCCCAGGACAGUUUCCAUCAGCCUGACAGCAUGUCAGGUGACCCUGGACCACCCCCCCUUCUCCCAGGACAGUUUCCAUCAGCCUGACAGCAUGUCAGGUGACCCUGGACCACCCCCCCUUCUCCCAGGACAGUUUCCAUCAGCCUGACAGCAUGUCAAGUGACCCUGGACCACCCCCCCUUCUCCCAGGACAGUUUCCAUCAGCCUGACAGCAUGUCAGGUGACCCUGGACCACCCCCCCUUCUCCCAGGACAGUUUCCAUCAGCCUGACAGCAUGUCAGGUGACCCUGGACCACCCCCCCUUCUCCCAGGACAGUUUCCAUCAGCCUGACAGCAUGUCAAGUGACCCUGGACCACCCCCCCUUCUCCCAGGACAGUUUCCAUCAGCCUGACAGCAUGUCAGGUGACCCUGGACCACCCCCCCCCUUCUCCCAGGACAGUUUCCAUCAGCCUGACAGCAUGUCAAGUGACCCUGGACCACCCCCCCUUCUCCCAGGACAGUUUCCAUCAGCCUGACAGCAUGUCAGGUGACCCUGGACCACCCCCCCUUCUCCCAGGACAGUUUCCAUCAGCCUGACAGCAUGUCAAGUGACCCUGGACCACCCCCCCUUCUCCCAGGACAGUUUCCAUCAGCCUGACAGCAUGUCAGGUGACCCUGGACCACCCCCCCUUCUCUCUCCUCCCUCUCCCUCUCUCCUAACCCCCCUCCUCUAACACUUUCUAACUGUGUUAACAUGUUGUGAAAGGUGAGACCUGUAUGUACAGAAAACCAAAGCACUUUAUAUGGUAUGCAUAAAAG